AUGACUUCUUUUCCUGUACACCUACUCUCUCCUCCGACGGAUUUCGCACCUCCCCCUCCGUCUGAACUCAACCCAGCACAAAUGAUAGUUUUGAAAGACCUAGAAACGCAUUUCGGCAAGGAAGGUUUCGUAUUACCUGUCAAAGAGGAUGAAGAGGCUAUGGAGGGGUUGAAUGAGGUUGAAAUGAUGUUUCUUUCAAAAGAGACGUUCAUUAGAUUUCUCACUGGGUGUAAAUGGGAUGUCCUCGAAACUAUCGCGAGAUUAGAGAAAACCAUUAUUUGGCGACGGACCGAGAAGAUAGAUGAUGUGAAAGCUAUGGCUGAUGAUUGUGGUCCAGAAUCGGAAACCGGCAAGAAUAUAGUGCUGGGUUUCACAUCUCAUGCUCAGCCCAUAAUAUAUUUCUUCCCGCAUCGCAAUACCACACCAGUAGAGAAACGUCGUGCAGUUCAUGCGGUGUUCAUGUUAGAAAGGGCCAAGGAUUUGAUGAGUGAGGGUGUGAACAAUACAGUGGUCAUUUUCAACUUUUCUGGGAAACGUCAAGGGCCGCCGACGAAUAUUGGUACCGCCAGAGCCACCCUACACAUCUUAUCCCACCAUUACCCAGAAACCUUAGCCUUUGGAAUAUUCCAAGAUCUCCCUUGGAUCGUCAAAGCUUUCGUCAACCUCAUGUGGCCAUUCGUCGAUCCUGUCACUAAACACAAAACGAGGUUCGGUUCAGCUGAUGGGAAUAUGGAGAUGAUGAAAGAGGCUGGUAUGUCAAAGGAAGCCGUGUUAUCUGAAUGUGGUGGGAGUUUGGAGUGGAAAUACGAUCACACUUCUUAUUGGCCCAAACUCAUCGAAACUUGUCUUCGUAAACGUUCUGCAGAUUUGGAUCGAUGGCGUUCAGGUCCUAGGACGGUAGGAAGGAGUGAAAGAGAAUUCCGAAAACCCAUAUCUCUACCCAUAUAUUCAGAGGGAAUCACAGAUUCUCCAGAAGUUCAUAUUCCCAUUUCUGAAAAUGUUCAAUCCUAUCCCUCCCCUUCCGCCCCACCCGUUCCAUCGACCACAACCUUUACGUUUACGUCGACCUCAACACCUGUUUGA